GCACAACCAACCAAUGGCCCAAUGCUGCACUUCAUCAAACACCGAGUCCAGCGCAUUUGGAGAAGGCCCGCAACCCUCGCCUUCACCUUCGCCACCGUCUUCAUCAUCGUUCCUUUAUUCCUCUACCAUCUCCUCGCCUACUAUCUCGCCAACGACCCGCGUCUCGUCCCCGGCGCAUUCCGCACCGCCAACAAUAUCCUUUUGGUCACAGCGCAUCCAGACGACGAAACCCUCUUCUUCAGCCCAAGUAUUCUCUAUCGCAGUGACGAUGCGACCGUGACUCGGGCUUUGUUGGUGCUUUCGUCCGGCAACUACGAAGGCAUCGGUGACAUUCGUCACGCCGAACUCCUACGCAGUUGCGCCGAACUGGGUAUUAAGCCAGCGCGAUGCGUGAACCUUGAUCACUACGAGCUCCAGGAUAAUCCACAGAAAUGGUGGAGGGAGGAUCUAAUCGAGGAGCUUGUGGGGCAGUACGUUGAGAAGUGGAAUAUUGAUUUGAUUAUCACGUUCGAUAAUGGGGGUAUAUCUGGCCACGUGAAUCAUCGGGCGGUUAGUGCUGGUGUUAGUAAAUAUACAUCCAAAAACCCACAAAGUCCACCGGCAUAUGCACUGCAGACCAAAUUGCUACUACGGAAGUAUGCCGGUCUAGCUGAUUUGAUUCCGACAUCGAUGUCCUUUUCAGGACGCAUUCUGCGGGCGCUUGUAUCGGCCCCACCGGAAUAUGAGGGAGUUAAAGUCAAAGUUGGGAAUGGGAAGAGUGGUAAGAUGCAGGAUCCUUAUGAGGAUAAGGCGCUGUUGGUCAGUGACUGGCGGACGUAUUUCCAGGCGCGAAGGGCGUUUAGUCAACAUGGGAUCGGUAUAUGUGGGUUAAUGAUUUGA